AUGGUGGUGAAGAAAGAAGACCUGAAUGCAUUUACUAUUCCUUGCACUAUCAGAGUCUACAAAUUUGGAAAUACGUUAUGUGAUCUUGGGGCAAGUAUUAAUUUGAUAUCAUUUGCCAUGUUUUGGAAGUUAGGCUUGGGUGUUCCUAAGCCUACCACUAUGAGGCUUCUAAUGGCUGAUCGUUCAAUCAAAAAUCCCGUGGGUGUGUUGUAUGAUGUUUUGGUGAAAGUUGACCGAUUUAUCUUUCCGGCCAACUUCAUUAUUCUUGAUUGUGAGAUUGAUCAUGAGGUCCCAAUCAUUCUUGGUAUACCAUUCUUAGCUACCGGAAGGGCCUUAGUGGAUGUGAAAUGUGGGGAGAUAAAAUUUUGGGUGAACAAUGAAGAAGUAUCCUUCAAUAUGUGUAACUCCAUGAAGCAACCUAUGGACUUGCAAGUUAUUUCAGUGAUUGAUGUGGUUGAUGAUGAGAAACUUGGGAGUGAGUUAGUUGAAGAAUAUGAUGAGGUGGUAGCUUUGUUGAUGGGCCUUGGGUCUUACACCAAGAACCCGGUUAAAUUGGAUCUUGAUUUGAAAUACCGUGAGAGUCCACCCGCCAAACCAUCUAUUAUUGAAAUACCUCAACUCAAACUUAUGUCGUUGCCAUCCCAUCUCCAAUAUGUUUUCUUGGGUGAGGAUAAUACAUUGCCAAUCAUUGUAGUGGUUGAUCUUGAACCUUGUCAAGUGGAUUCCUUGAAAUUAAUUGUGAAAAAGUUCAUUAGUGCUAUCGGAUGGACUAUCGCGGAUAUUAUAGAAAUUCCUCCCAAAAUUUAUUCACAUAAAAUCAAGUUAAAUGUUGAUCAUAUUCCUAGUGUGGAAGACCAAAGGAGACUAAAUCAACUGAUGCAAGAGGUGGUCAAGAAGGAAAUCAUUAAGUGGCUUGAUGCGGGAGUUGUCUGCCUAAUUUUAAAUAGCACGUAG